AUGAAGAAGACCAGGAUCUUCAGCCUCAAGAGACCACCAGAGACCCCCGCAGGACCACCAUGGCAAACCACGCAUGCCCAGAAGGGCCUAGACCUAUUUAGCAUGAGAGGCGAGGACAGGACACCCUCUUGCAUCUCCUCUCCCUCUCCCGCUCUCCCGCACCCUCUCCCGCUCUCCCUUUCCCGCUGUCCCCUCCUCUCCCCGCCUCCUUCUCCCCCAUGCCGGGCCGGGCCAUGCCCCCGGCCCGCCCCCGGCCCCGGGCGGGGCUGCCCCGUCCCCGCCCCCGCCCGCCCCGCCGCGGUCUCGCCUCCGCCCGGCUCUGGGCGUGCUGGCAGUGGCGCUGCUGGGCGGGCAUCAGUGCCUGGGGCUGGGGCGGCAUCGCCGCCCUUUGGCUCCGCCUGGCCCGAGCCCGGCCCCGGCCCCGGCCCCGGCCCCGGCCCCGGCCCCGGCCCCGGCCCCGGCUCCUCCCGGGCCCCGCGGAGGACACAGCGGUGCAGUCGCUGCCGCCUCCGCUGCGGCUGCCCCGGCCCGAGCUCCGCCGCUGCUCAGCAGCGCGGCCGCCGGCCCCGAGCCGCCGCUGUCCCGGGGCCGGCAGAGAACGCCUGGGGAUGGCCGGCCCGGGGCGCUCGGGGGGCGCUCGGGGCUCCUGUCCGAGGAGGAGGCGCGGGGGCUGCUCCGCAGGUGCUGGAGGCCGUGCGGCGCUGCACCAGCUGCGGGGUCCUGCACAGGGACAUCAAACCAGGGAACAUCCUGCUCGACCUGGCCACCGGGCAGCUGAAACUGAUCGGCUUUGGCUGUGGCACCUUCCUCCAAGACACAGCCUACACCCAGUUUGCAGGAACCCUGUCCUACAGCCCACCAGAGUGGAUCCACCACCAACGCUACCACGGCGAGGCAGCGAUGAUCUGGUCCCUGGGCCUCCUGCUGCACCACCUGGUCAUGGGAAAGCACCCGUUCAGGAGGGGCCAGGAGAUCAUCUGGGGGUGGAUCUUGUUCCCAUGAUGGCUCUCUCCAGGUGGAUCCUCAUCUCUGGCCACGGGGGAAUACCAGAGCUGGGAAACAGCAGCAGCUCGAGAGCAUCCCGCUCUGGCAGCUGCUGAGGAGGUGGCACAUGUCCUGCUCUCCUGCUCUCCUCCAAACAGAGGAUCCAUGGGGAAGUUUAGGCCCAGCUCUGGGCACACCCAGCAUGGCCUGGGCAUGGGAACAGGGGGCAACUUCUCCAACUGACUGGUGAUUGCUGGUUUCUCUCCCCACAGUGCCAGGAUGUCAUUAAGAGGUGUUUGUCCAUGCAGCCCUUGGACAGGCCAUCCUUAGAAGAGCUUUUCCGUGAUCCUUGGGUGCAGGGUGUUCCUCUGCCCUAGAAGAUGGGAGAGAUCCACGUGCACAGUUGGAUCCAGGGGCCUGGCAGAUUUUGAAGUGACGAGGGGAGAAAAAAUGUUUGGAUGACAUAAGGCUCCAUGAACCAAGAAAACAAGAGAAUAGUGACUUUCUAAAUAAGUCAAGGAACUCUUCUUUCUGAGAGCAUUCUGGUGAGCUUUGGCGUUUCUUUGCUGGGGAGUUGAGCGGCUCCCGUUCAGCUGUCUGCUGUGAGAGUUCUUCAGGGGCUGGCCAGGAACAAAGAGGCAGAAGGGGGAAUUUCGUGCCUGGCUGGCUGUUCACAGCCCUUGGAGGAUCUGAGGGACGGCUGCUGUUUCUCUGGCACAGCGCUGGCUUCCCGGGCAGGAGCAGAAGCGUUCCAGUGGUUAAUGAGCGCCUGCCUUUGUGUCGGAGUUCAGGCUCUUCUUGGACUGGGAUUUCACAAACAAUGAAGAAGUUUCUGACACUGCUACUCCCCACUCCCGGGGUCCCCUAGCAAAAGAAAGAGGGGGAAAAAAUAGUUCAGGGAGUAUUUCUGAAAUUAGCAUUAAAGGGGAUUACCCUGCAAUCAAAGUACACCUUUAAGCAAGGGUGGGCUAUGAACUUACUCACUCUGAAAACCAUCCCUAGUACAAACAGCUGCCAGCACCCCAAAUUUGGCACAGACGGACAGACAAACCUGUUAAUCUCAGAAGUUCAGGAUUAACCAGGGAAGAGGGAGAAAAGUACCCUGAAAGCAAAUCCACUUUAGAGCCACAGCAAGAAUCAUUCCAUCUGCAGUAGUUACCACAUCCAUCACUAUUGCCUGACCCAUACUUCCAAGAAUUCCUCCACAGGGAAUGAGCAAACAACUGACCCCUACCCCCACCGUAAAGAUCAAAGGUUUGGCAACCAGUCUGCAAAGAGAAGUGCCUCACUUCUCUUGCCAUUUGUUGUCGCACAGCAAUCAAGUGAGUGGGACUGCCGGCAUUGGGGACAGAGG